AUGCCCAAGCGUGUUUACCUCGGAGAUGAGCGCUUUAUCCUCGCCGUUGGUAUCGGUCAGGUCACACUCCGUGCAGCAGUCGACCAUGGCUCAACGAACACUGGCAUUGUGCAGGAAGUUCUCCAUGUCCCAGAUCUCAAUGGCAACCUGCUCUCUGUCUCGCAGUUUGACCGCAACAGCUACGAUGUUAGGUUCGCUGAUGGUACGUGUCGCAUCAGCAAUGCCCAGGGCCGACUUAGCGCCAUUGGGUACAUGCGGAGAAAUCUCUAUGUUCUCGACGUGACCACGCAGCUCCCCGAGCAUACCUACAUCCUGCAGGCAGAAGAUCUCCCUCCCUCUUACGAUGACUCCAUGGAUGAUCCCCCACUCCACGCUUUUGUUGCUAAGGAGACAACAUCCAGUGCGAGUGCUCAGGUCUGGCAUCGCCACCUUGGUCACAUCUCCGUAGACUCUGUGCUGAAGAUGGUGCGAAAGGGAAUGGUCAAGGGCAUGUCGAUCGUCGGAGAAAAGGUGAGUAACGUCACCUGCAAGCCCUGUCUCCAUGGCAAGCAGACACGCCAGCCAAUCCCGAAGGAGUCGGAUGUCGAGAAUCCCUGCGUUCUCCAUCGCACCUACUCCGAUGUCUGUGGUCCCAUGCAGACUCAGACGCGGUCCGGCCACCGCUAUUUCAUCAUGUUCAUCGACGGACACACGCACCACCUUGUCGCCAACCUCAUGAAGACGAAGGAUGAAGCGCUUUCACACUUCAAAGCUUUUGUUGAACGAGCGGAGAUCGAGACCGGGCAGUGUGCCAAUAUCCUGCGGACUGAUGGCGGCGGUGAGUACGAGUCGAAGGAAUUCGAAGCGUACCUAAAGGAGAAGGGCAUCCACCACGAAAAGACGAAUGCCUACACUCCACAGGAGAAUGGCAUUUCCGAGCGGAUGAACCGCACCAUCGAGGAGAUGGCCAGGAGCAUGCUCAAUGACGCUGGACUGCCGAACACAUACUGGGGUGAUGCUGUGUUACAUGCAGUACACAUCCUUAACUCUGUUCCAACCCGCACUCUCCCUGACAACCUCACACCACACGAGGCCUACACCAGAAACAAGCCGAGCGUGGCGCACCUCCGCGUUUUCGGCUGCAAAGCCUAUGUCCACGUUCUGAAGGAAAAACGUCAGAAACUCGACUCGAAAACGUUCGAGUGCAUGCACCUGGGGUUUGCCGCAAAUCGCAAGGCCUACCGUCUGGUUCACAGAGCGACCGGCCGCAUCGUCGAAUCCCGCGACAUGUAUUUCGAUGAAGGCACCGAAGUCGCACCCAGUCACGUCACAAUUGACGUCACACCUACGCAGGAGGCGCCCGACGCGCGGCCGCAGCUGCCGCCGUCUCCGCGCCCGCCAAGGCCCACUGUCGAAGAUGUCCCAGAUGAAGAUGAGGAUGCACCUGCACUCCUGGAUGUGGACGACAGCGACGACGAGGAUGACGAUGACAGCGCGGAUGAGGACAGCAACGACGAUGUUCCACUGCCCGAAAUUAGGCGCCGGCUGGCCGAUGAUGACCGCUAUUUCGUGUCCUCCUACACACGGAAACCGAAGGGCCAGGAUGAUGUGGGUGGAGUGGGCGCUGAUGCCGCAGCGGCAGACUCGGAGAACGCAGAGGAAGUGGGCGAUGCAGAGAAUGCUCACAAAGCCACAAGCUGGGAUGAACCACAGACCUAUGAGGAGGCGAUGUCACACCCCAAUGCUGCGCGCUGGAAGGCUGCGUGCACAGAGGAGCUACACGCAUUUGUCAAAGCGGAGCUCUACGACGAAGUGGAGCGCCCGCGGAAUCGCAAGGUCAUAGACUGCAAGUGGGUCUUCAAGAUCAAGCGUGGACCGGACGGUGAAAUCGAGAAGUACAAGGCUCGACUUGUUGCCAAGGGCUUUACACAGGUUGAGGGCCUCAACUUCAAUGAAACCUUUGCACCCGUCGCAAAGUUCACUUCUGUCCGAACACUACUUGCUCUUGCUGCCAAGCUCGACCUCGAGAUCCACCAGAUGGACAUCAAAUCGGCAUUCCUGAAUGGUGAUCUUGAUGAGGAGAUCUACAUGAAGGUUCCCUCUGGCUUCCGCAGGUCCAACAGCCUCGUCUGGAAGCUGAACAAGGCCCUCUAUGGUCUUAAGCAGGCUGGACGUGAGUGGUACAAGAAGAUCCGUGCUGAGUUCGAGGCGCUUGGGUUCACCCGCUGCCACUCGGACCACAGCGUGUUCUACAAGAAUGAUGACGGUAUUCUCCUCAUUAUUGCCAUUUAUGUCGAUGACAUGCUCAUUCUUUCUGACAACCUCACUGCUGUCACCACCCUCAAGGAAGAUCUCAAGUCUCGCUUCGAGAUGACCGACCUUGGUGAAGCACGGUGGCUCCUCGGCAUGGAAAUCGCUCGUGAUCGUCCUCGCCGUGUCCUCGAGCUCUCGCAACACCAGUAUGUCGAGAAGUGUCUCGCACAACAUGGUAUGGCCGAUUGCCGCCCGGUCAGCACACCUAUGGCACAGAACCAGAAGCUCGUCAAGCUCUCGGAGGCGGAGAUCGACCCGAAGCCUUACCAGAGCGUGCUUGGCUCUCUCAUGUAUGCAAUGAUUGGGACUCGCCCCGACCUUGCAUUCACAGUGGGCGCGUUGAGCCAGCAUGCUGCAACACCAGGCAAGGAGCACUGGAUUGCUCUUAUGCGAGUCUAUCGCUACCUGCGUGGGACAGCAGACAAGAAGCUCGUCUAUUGUGGCACUACCAAGGAGAAGGAACUCCUUCUCGGAUACGUGGAUGCAGAUUGGGCAGCGAACGUCAACGACCGUCGAUCGGUCACAGGUUUUGUUUUCCUCAUAUCGGAAGGCGCUGUCAGCUGGUCUUCAAAGAGGCAGCACUCGACGGCGCAGUCCAGCACUGAAGCUGAGUAUAUGGCUGGAGCUCAUGGUACAAAGGAAGCAGUCUGGCUUCGCGCUUUCCUCUCGGAGAUUGGACAGGUUCAGAAGGGCCCUACUCCAUUGCUCAUCGACAAUCAGUCCGCCAUCGCGCUAUCCAAAAAUGCUGCUUUCCAUGAACGCACCAAGCACAUUGCCGUCCGCUACCACUUCAUCUGCGAGAAGUAUGACUCCGGCGAGAUCGAACCUGAGUACGUUCCUACCGGAAAUCAGGUUGCUGAUGUCUUGACGAAGGGGCUUCCCCGUGAGAAGCAUGAGAAGUUUUCAGCGGGGAUGGGCUUGGCUUAA